CCUGAGCCUUUCACCCACAUCUAGUCCCUGGUAGCUAGUCGCAAUGCGACCAGGUUCUUUCUUGGGAUCUCGGAUAUCUAAAUCUCCCGUGUUCACAGCACCGGCACGGACCUCUUGACGAGAUCUUCGAUCUUGCCUUACUAGCACCGAAUACUCGCUCGUGGUCAGUGAAAUCAGACAAACAACCCGUAACGAAGCGACCCACACCGCCAGCAGUACCUGGUCACCCUUCUGAUAGUUACCAACCUUGGUCCGGAAAAAGAAAACAUCACAAUGGCAGACUCUGCAAACCCAGCAGCUGAACCGCGAGUAUGCGUAGCCUGCAACAAGCUGGAAGUCGAAUUGCCCACUGGCGCUGGCUUGAAAAGAUGCGGCCGCUGCCAGAAGGUAACGUACUGUUCCAAAGAAUGUCAGACAGGUCACUGGCCGCAACAUAAGGCCGGAUGUCGACGACCGACCACACCUCUUCCGCCUCCUCACCCUAGCCUCCUCCACUACUUCCGCCAAUUCAAGACCAACGAGUCCAAAACCUACGAGAUGCUCAUCGACACCUUCCGCCUACGUUGCGACGACGACUACGCUUAUGGCUGUCACAACCACGGCAUCUAUGGCAACGAUCCUCCAGUGCCCGUGUUCCGUGAUUUCCUGGCUCGUGCCAAGGCGGCGGGGAUGUUGCCGCCGUGGUGGAACGAGGAGAAGGAGAAGGAGUGUGAGCGGAUGGCGAUGGAGGAUGACCACUUCAACAUCAAGUUUGCGGUGGAGAAAUCGGACAUCCAGGAACACUACAAAGAUAACAUGAUGCCGAUGACGCUGCGAAUGGUUGCAGAAAAUGUGUAUGGAGGCGGGUAUGGCGUGGGCCAGAGGCCGAUGCCAGAAGGCUAUCAGUGUCAGUGUUGAACAGACUCAAAACAAGCAUCAGGGGAGGUGGAUAGGGGAUCCAGGGCGAAUGAAGUUUAAAGUAUGGCAGCGAGAUGCGGUAGGAGACGUUCGAUACGCCGCUGGCCUCGUAGGCAAGUUAAAUGGCUAGGUGGGUGACAGUAAGGUCAAAACGUGGUCAUACAAUGCAUGUGCAUCAUACAAGACAGAGUACAUAACUCCUUGGUGUGUGG